CCAGCGCUAUUGGCUGAAAGACAGCCGUACAAUUUUUGCGGCAGUGUUAGAGCGCUAUAGCAAAAUUUCUACGGCACUUAAUCAGUAACAGUGCAAGAGGUGGAAUACUGUAUGUAAAACUUCUAGUUUGUACGUUCUCGUGUACGUAUGUGAUAAACGAAUGAAUGGACAUUUGCAUGACCGGGAGGCAGGGUUAAGCCAUGCGGCAUGUUUGGGUCCUAGGGUUCUGUGUACUGUUGUACGGAGCGCCCAGAAUCCCGGCUCAGGACCCUUUACCGAUGCACUUUCUUGGCAAAGAGAGAGGAAUACAAUUUAGUGAACCCAUUACAGUUUUUCCAGAAAGGAUAUACGAAUAUGAAGAUGAACACCAGGGGCGUUCUCAUUUCCAUAAACGGAGUGUUAAAGACUCGUGGCAUCAAAGUGUGGAUUAUACUUUAAAAAUUAAUGAUAGGGAUGUAAAAAUAUGUUUAACUAAUAAUGAAUAUGUAGUGACGCCAGAAAUAGUGGUGCAGCAUUUUAAUGGUAGUCUUACGUGGCUGGAGGAACAAGGCUCUAUCGGGGGUUUAUCAUGUUUCUACGAGGGUCAGGUGAAUGGGGACACCGGCUCCCGGGUCGCAGUUAAUCUGUGCGACGGAAUGACUGGAUCAUUCAGUAUAGAUGGAGAACACUACUUCAUAGAACCAUAUACAGCUGGAACAAACAGCAGUGAUCUUAAUCACCAAAGUGCAAACUCUAUACCUCACUUCCUUUAUUCAUGGACUCAUUUUCAAAUGCAUAAUCAUAGUGAACCUUUGCAUUCAGCAGAGACAGAAAAUUAUAAGCACAGGAGAAGGAAAAGAUCUAUACCGGAGCAUAGUAUAGAUGACUUAGCAAAUAGUGAUAUUAGUGAUAUUAAUAGAUUAACUUCAUUUAAUAAUUUAUAUUCAUUUUCCACAUCACCUCAUAGACAGAAACGCUCAGUGUCAUAUAAAAACUAUGUGGAGGUACUAGUGGUAGCAGAUCAUUUAAUGUUUCGAUAUCACCAAGAUGACCUGCAGAACUACAUACUUAAUUUAAUGGCCAUAGUUAAUACUAUAUACAGGGGACAUACCAUUCAACAGUUCAUCCAAAUCAUCGUUGUAAAAAUUGUUGUCUUUCACUCAGAAUGGGAUGGUCCGAAGAUUACACAAAAUGCGAGCGAGACGUUAAAGCGUUUCUGUAAAUGGCAGUCACAGAACAAUCAGGCUGAGGGGAGCAAGUACCACUAUGACACCGCCAUACUCCUCACAAGACAAAACAUAUGCAGAGCACCAGAUAAAUGUGAUACUUUAGGCCUUGCGGAGCUUGGUACCAUGUGUGAUGCCGACCGCAGUUGUGCAAUUAUUGAAGACAUUGGCAUUGCAUCGGCCUACAUCAUAGCACAUGAACUCGGACAUGUUUUCAACUUACCUCAUGAUGAUGAUGAGGGAUGCCGUCGACCGAUCUACAAUCGAGACCCGCAUGCCAAGACUCACAUUAUGGCCCCGACAAUCGACAAGCACACCGACCCCUGGUCCUGGUCAGAAUGCAGCGCUGCACUUCUCGCCAAGUACCUGGAUUCUGGUCAUGGAAACUGCCUGCACAACAAGCCCAAGAUGAAGAAGUACCGUAGGAAAAUCAAGGAAUUUCAGACUCGGAAAUCUGGCUCCAUCUACAAUGUUGACAAACAGUGUACUCUCAUGUACGGGAAGGGCGCCAAGCAUUGCCACUUCCAUCUUUCCAACUGCUCGCAGCUGUGGUGUUUGCUCGAGGAUAAGUGCCGAACUCUCAGUAUGCCCAUGGCUGAUGGGACGGCCUGUGGUUAUACGAAGCUUGGCGACCGGAAGGUUCCACAGUGGUGUCAGUCUGGUCAGUGUGUCAUCCAGUCACGGACUAAGGUGGUCAAGGGUGGCUGGAGUGGGUGGUCAGAUUACGGACGAUGUUCACGCUCAUGUGGUGGGGGUAUCAAGUCCGCAUCAAGAGAAUGUACCAGCCCUGUGCCCAGUGGUGGAGGAAAAUUCUGCACUGGAAAGAGGGUGAAAUAUCGCCACUGUAACACCAAGCCUUGUCCAUCCAACUCUAAUGACUUUCGCCUAGAGCAGUGUGCAGAGUACAACAGCCAGAUUCGUCACUAUAACAUCCCGUAUGGCUCUCGCUGGAUACCCAAAUAUGAUGGCAUCCAGGAGAAGGACUGGUGUAAGCUGUACUGCAAGGCCGACUCCAGUCCCUCGUACUUCUACGUGCUCAACUACAAGGUUGUUGACGGAACUAAGUGUCGACCUGAUGGAGAUGACAUCUGUGUCAAUGGACAUUGUAGGAGAGCUGGUUGCGACAACAAGCUUGGUUCUAAGAUGAAGCGAGAUCGGUGUGGCGUGUGUGGGGGCGAUAGUGGCUCAUGUAAAACCAUCUCCGGAAAUUACAACACUGUCAGCGGAGACUAUAACAAUGUGACGAUGAUCCCAGCUGGAGCAACCAACAUCGAUAUUCGGCAGCAUGGCUACAGACAUCUGAAGGAAGAUGAAAAUUACCUUGUGUUGGUGAAUGUUCGUAACGAGUACCUGUUGAAUGGGAACUACCAGAUCGCGCCAUACCCACAAAAAGUCAAGGUGAAAGGGGCGGAGCUCUUCUACAGUGGCUCUGACACAGUAGAGGAACGCAUCAAUUCCACAGGCACACUUGGAGAAAACAUUCUCUUACAGGUGUUGUCUGUUGGUGACCUGAACCCUCCGGAGAUCCAGUUCUCGUACACAAUGUCACUCCACUCCAAUGAGGUGAGGUUUGAAUGGAAGGAAGACCAGGAAUGGACGGACUGUGAUGACAUAUGCAACGGUUGGCGUAUGCGUAAAGUGAAGUGUGUGCGUGAUGAUGACCAAUCCCUCGUGUCUGCCCAGCGCUGUGAGAACCAACCCAAGCCCUACACUGAAUCAGAGAGGUGCAACCAGCUCUGUACACUCAGCUGGCGUAUAUUGCGGGAUGAGUGUUCCACCAAUUGUGGACCGGGUGAGGCGAAGCAGUAUGUGUCCUGUCUACUGACCACCCGUGUCAAAACAAGCACUGUCGACAUGAAGCACUGUGAGAAACACAUAUCUGAGAUUGGGCCCAAACCUCAGGAUCUUGUUGUUUGUCAGGGCAAAUGUCUGGAGACGCAGUGGAAGUACACGGACUGGACUGAGUGCACAUCAUCCUGCGGUGGAGGAGCCCAAAAGCGGGCAGCAGAGUGUGUGGACACCGGUGGCAGCAAGGUUGCCGACAGCUACUGCAAUCAGAAAGACCUACUCAAGGAACGCCAGUGUAACACCCAGCCUUGCCCGGUCUGGAGGGUACAUGACUGGACUGGGUGUUCGGUGACGUGUGGCCACGGGAGUCGACACCGGAAGGUGACGUGUCAUGUUGACGAGCAAGAGGUGAUUGAGACCCAGUGUGACUACAAACAGAAGCCGCACAACAAGCUGGAAUGUUACAUGGGCACUUGUCCACGCUGGUUAGCCGAGGACUGGGGAGAGUGUUCCACAUCGUGUGAAAUGGGUAUCGCUAUCCGUGGCGUCAAGUGUCUCACCACCUCCGGUAAGAUCCUGGAUGAUUACAACUGUGACGCAACCCAAAGGCCGUACGAGACAAAGCACUGUAGCAUGGGCCCCUGCCCCACCUCCACCGUCAUCACGACAACACCCCGCAUCAUCACAACAACACCCCCACUCACCUUCUCCUGGACAAAGGGUAGCUGGACUCAGUGUUCGGCAUCAUGCGGAGAAGGGAUCAAGCAGCGGUAUGUGACGUGCAUGAACAGUCGUGGGGAAGUAGCAGACGCCAUUGAAUGUGACCAGCAGACAAAACCACAGGAGACUGAGACCUGCCUGUUGCAGGCGUGUGGCUACUGGCGUAAUGGUGACUGGGGAAAGUGUUCUGUGACAUGUGGAGCUGGCACCCAGACACGGGUGGUAGUCUGCACGCUUCUUAACAGGAAGACUGUGGACGAAAAUCACUGUGAUGUAGCCAUGAAGCUGGAGAAUGAACGCCGGUGUGAGAUGAAGGAGUGCAAAUCUGAGGAUUUUGACAUUGGAGUCAUCAUCACAAACACCGUCGUUGGCAUCAGUCACUGGAGAAUAGGACCCUGGAGCGCUUGUUCCACCACAUGUGGCGAGGGUUGGCAACGUCGGCAGGUGAUAUGUCACGAUGAGAAGGGUCUCGCUGACAGUUGUGCAGAAAGCCAGAAACCUGAGGCCCGACAGACAUGUGAUGCAGGCGCCUGCCCUGCAUGGGUUAAGGGUGACUGGUCACAGUGUUCCAAAUCCUGCGGAGAAAUGGGAAUGCAAAAGCGUACAGUAGUGUGCCAAUCAGCUGAGGGGAGGCAACUUCCUGACAGAGCCUGUAAUUUCUUCAAGCGACCUCCAGACACCGGCAUCUGCAAUAACGGCCCCUGUUCUAAAGAUCGACACUGGCAAGUGGGGCCCUGGGCUACGUGUUCAGUGACGUGUGGCACGGGCGCCUCCCAGCGUGAUGUGAUCUGCGUGUCUGUAUCUGGAGUGCCUCUUCCCUCGGGCGAGUGCAAGGAGCUGAAGCCCCGCAACACCAAACGAUGUACCCAACAUCCUUGCCCCUCCUGGGCCCAUACACGCUGGGGGAAGUGUUCCACCUCGUGUGGUGCAGGUGUACAGCAGCGCCAGGUUGUGUGUCGCAUGGGAAGUAGUGACAUCAAGCCAGACAGCCUAUGUCUACAAGACAAGAAGCCUCGAUCCGAGAAAAAGUGCAACCAACGCCCAUGCUCCAACUACAUGUGGAAAACCAAGAAAUGGUCAAAUUGUAGCCGUGAGUGUGGUUUUGGUAUGAAGACACGGGAGGUGUACUGUUCUGACCUGGAGGACAAGUCUGUCAAUGUGAGCCGGUGUGUGCCGGAGAAACGACCCAAGGACCGGCGAAGAUGUAGCGAAUUCCCAUGUCCAUUUAUGUGGAACACAAGCCCUUGGACGGAGUGUUCUGCAAGUUGUGGCCCGGGCAUGCAGUCGCGUAGAGCCGCAUGUCAUUCAGUUACCAAGGAAGGCUGGAUUCUCCCCGGCGAAAUCCCAUAUGGGUGCAAGGCCGUUGAUAAACCCCCUGAGUCCCAGACAUGUGACCACGGGCCCUGCACUGCACGCUACAGGUGGCUCACAGCACCCUGGGGAGAGUGUUCAGCGCGUUGUGGACACGGAUAUGAGCGACGUCAAGUCCAGUGUGUUGAUCCGACCGGAAAACGCAAGAAGAAGAAAUUUUGUUCCAAGCAACACCGGCCUUACGGCAGGAGACCUUGCUACAAAGGCCCUUGUUAUGCCAAUUCUUGCAAGCAGCUACGAGACCAGACUUCCAUACGACAAGAUGGCAGCUACAAGCUGUAUGUGCAAGAAAGACUUUUAGAGGUCUUCUGUAAGAACAUGAGGCACGAGCUGCCGGAGGAAUACCUCACCUUGCCGGCUGGGGAGACAGAAAACUUCUCCGAGGUCUACCCCUUCAGGCUAAAGAGACGUCGCACAUGCCCAAACAAUGGAACACGACUUGAACCAUGUACAGAAUGUCGCGAGAGACCGUACAGGAAUGCUGGCAAAACCUCAUACUCCAGAGUAAAAAUUGACCUGCAGGCUCUAAAAAUACAAGUUACAGACGUGACAUUUUCCUCGUCCAUCAAUGGCAAAAACAUUCCAUUUGGGUCAGCUGGAGACUGCUACAGUUCCGCAGGCUGUCCCCAGGGGCGCUUUCAGAUCAACCUCUCAGGGACCGGCUUUGCCGUUGCUACGGAAACCGCCUGGAGAUCCAAUGGCAACAACGCCACACAGCAUAUCCAGCGUCUUCAGGAAGGGGAGAUAGUGCAGGGCUGGUGUGGGGGCCUAUGUGGAUGGUGCUCUCCCCUGAAAGGAAUCCAGCUCACUGUUCUUUCCUAGCCAAGCCUGGCAACAUGCCUAGUACUAAGCCACUACCACAGAAUUACGUCUUUCAGCCUGAAUGAGAUUAUAUAUCUUUAAAGGUUUAUUCGUAGGAAGAUCUCAUGCAAACAUUGUAAAUAUGGCAUUUCGCUUCGCUGGAUGUUCGUGUGAGUGUGUGUGUGUGUGUGGAAAAUAAAGAGAGGGUUCAAAUUUAACUUAUUUCGCAAUUUUUUGUCAGAUUUUGUGCAUUUCGGAACAUUUUUGUUUUACCAGUUUUGAUACAAUUUUUCGAAUUUUAUGUGGAUUUUGUACAUACCACAAUUGAUCAUUAUAAUCAUCCUUUUCAUUGUACAUUUAUCAUCCUGUAAAUAGUUAAUAAUUCUACAACCCACAUUAGCCUGAACUUCUACUCAGUUGUUUGGAAACCUCAUUUUUAUUGUCUACAUUAUUUUGUGCGCAUGUUUUGACGUAACCUUGUUCUGUGUAUUGUCCGUCCGGGCCCGUCUUGUGUGCAAUAUUCUUCCUAAUGACCUGUGCCACUUUCCCAUCUUGAUACAUCGUACAUUUCCAUCUUGGUGUAGUUUUGAUAGAUUGAUAUCAUAAUUCAUGGAGGUUAAUUUGUAGCGUAGUGUGUCAUUAAAUUUCGGUGAAAAAAAUAAAAUGACAUUUCACUAAAAAUCUAAAUGAGAAUAUUGCUAAUUUUGAAAUUUUUAAUCAUUUAAAACAUGGUAAUAUUUUUUCUGUUCUUAAGAUAGUGAUGUCAAUGUGUAAAACUCUGUGUUAUCAUAUUAAAUAAUAAUGAAUUGUAUGUGAAAGUGUUCUGAAACAAAUAUCUACUGUUACACUGUUAUUGUAUCAUGGAUGUCAAUGUAUAUACAAAUGUUUCCCCAUUAGACCGAAUUUUGCCAUAUGUACAAAAAUUUUAUUUGCAAUAAUUAAUGCAUUAUUAUUUAUUGUUUUAUGUGUAGUUUUUGUUAAAGAUGUUUGUGUUUGAAAUAUACCAUGCACCAAAUCUGUAAGUGCAUUGCAAAAGACACAAAAUUUCUCAUUUGAUUUUUUUGGACAGUGCAUUAAGACAUGUAUGCUAAGACACAAAACAUGGAUUGCCAAAAAAAGAAGAAAAAAAAUUGAAGUUUGAAAUUGACGAUUACAUUACCAAUAAUAAACAAUUCAGUUAUCUUAAAUUGGUGAGGAACAAUUCAUCUGUUCAGAAUCAAAAUUUCAUUUCAAAAACAGUGGUUUCAAAUCAUGUUUGAAACCUUUAGAUUAGUGUUAUUCAUGUGCAUUGUGGUCUGCAUACAGGGAGAUGGGGUUUGUUUCCUUACAUAUUGUUUUUAGUCCCAGUUACUGGGCUGCUGUUUUACUUACAUGUAUAUAUUAUGAGAUUAAACAUCAAGGCCAGUAAAACGAUCUACAAUGUACUUAUUUAGAGAAUAAUAUACCAUUUUUAUAUUUUUUAAGAACUGUUUAUAAGCAGAAACCCAUUUUUAUAUUAUUAGGUUAUGCCCUUAUAAGUAUUUUUAAAUAUUAGUAUGCCAACGGAGAUAUUGAAUUCUCAUGAAAAUAUUUAUAUUUAAACUGAGAGAUUGAAUUUGCAUAAAAAUAUUAGUAUAUCACAUAAAAAUAUUAGUAUAUCAACUGAGUGAUGGAUUUCUCAUGAAAUAUACACCAUGUUCAUGUUCCAACAUGAAAUUCUUACAUUUCAAUUUCGUCAUCAGGUUUCACUGUUAAUGUUGUACGUGGUGUAAAUUUUCAUUAAAAAAGAGAUUAAAGUAUGGUUGAAUUUAAUGAUACAUGUAUAUUUGAAAAAAAAAAAUCCAUAAGAAAAAAUAACCAUAUGAAUCUUUGUAGAAACAAGAUGUAAAUAAGUUUUCUCUACAAAUAUAAAUAACCAGUCAUAAAUGAUGCAUAAUACACUUCAGACAUUUUCCAGUUUUCUAUAAAUUUACUUUUUACUGAAAUUGUAAAGUUGUAAUGAUAUAGGUGAAACAAUCAGGAAAUCAUUUUUAGUAUUUAAAAUGUGUAAAUGAAACGGAAAAAUUGUAAGUUGACGAAAAUAUGAGAAUAUGUGAAGAUCCAUAGAACAUACAAGAAUGAUGGCAUAUGAUGGUUAGAGAAAUCCAAGUAUUAUAUGCUCCACAACUGCCAUUUGAGUUUAGGAGUAUUUUUCAUCUUCCUCGGACAGCGUGAAUUUACUUUUGAUAUUAAGGACAGAUUUAUGACUUUUUGUUUGACUUUUUGUUUAUAAGUAUUUGUUUACAGAGUAAGCAUGUUAUUUUAUACAUAUAAAUCAUAACCUACAACAAAGUGACAUUUUAUGCUGGUUACUCAUUGCCUUGCUCUAGGAUACGAUCUAGUUUGGUCCGCUUGCCAUGGUAAAGCUGAUACCUACGUUUAUAUAUAUAUUACCCAAAAGAUACAAGGUCUCACUGUUGGAAGGAGAACAUAUUUAACGGUCUCGGCGCAUUCUCCUUCUCAAUUUAGCUUACACAUAUGCAUUCAUAGCAGUAGAAAUACAGUAUUUAUAUAUAGGGGUACCAAGGGAUAAGGCCAGUGUCUGGAUCACUUUAUGUGCUAUUUAUUUUUAUGGUGUUUUGCCAUAAGUUACUGAUUGGAUACUUAUAAAUAUUGAAAAUAUUAUCUUUAAAUCUGAUCUGUCCAUAACCCAUCUUGUUAUUUAUUACUAUUCAUCUAAAUACAUGUAUUUCCUAUUUUGCAUGAAUCAUUUUGUUCAGGAAUUAUUUUGUUGCCAUGGUUACAAUGUGUAACUGAUGUUUUUAGAUUUACGUAAACCAUUUGUAUAGAUGUGUAGAUGUUAUUGUAUGUAUAUGUAUGACGAUGUUAGCAUUGUUACAAUAUUUAAAUAAAAUAUAUUAUUUCUAA